AUGUCUCCUGUGGGCUUGUGUGGCCUUCUCUUUAUCUCUGUGUCGGUGUGUUACUGGGUGCCAGCAGGCUGCUAUGCCAACGGCAAGGUUACCAAAGUGUGUGGCAGCAUGGAACCCCACCAUGGUGUUCCUGGUCAAACCUCCCCCAGCCCCUACCGCCUAGAAACCAACACCACCACGUUCAGUCCCAGAGAUCGGAUCAAAGUCAUCCUCAACGGAGCAUCGUAUUUUCAGGGCUUUCUGCUUCAGGCCAGGGAUGCGGCCAAUCAGGGCUCAGUAUACACAGUUGGCACCUUCACCCUGACCAAUCAGAACACGACACAGCUGCUCACCUGUAAUAAGCACCAGGGUUCAGCAGUGAGCCAUACAAGUGAUGUCAAACAGACAGAGGUUUCUGUCAUCUGGAAUGCUCCGGCCGAUGCUCCCGGACAGGUUCAGUUUUUUGUGAGUGUACUUGCCCACUACAAUGUAUUUUGGGUGAAGCUGCCUGGACCGGUCAUCUAUCAGCAUGGAGUUACUGUCCACCCGCCUCAGUCAGACACUACACCUCCCCCAGUAGAACCUACUACCACACCCACCAUCCUGCCUGGGCCUUUUACUUCUGAAGGAUGUGGCCAAUCAAAAUCCUGCCUGCUGGAUCCUCCAGGCUGUGAUCCAAAAGAAGAUCCUCACUGCUUCUUCCUGUCCAUGACUACCGAGGGACCAGACAAAACGUCUGUGAUAUUUGAGUUGAGCGGCCCGGCGGAGGGAUACAUUGCCUUUGCGCUGUCCUGGGACAAAUGGAUGGGCAAUGACGACGUGUAUAUGUGUGUAAAAGAUGGGGAUAGAGUAUCAGUGAGUGCUGCCUUCGUCAGUGGAAGAACCCACCCUGAGGACCAGUCACAGUUUGGUCUCUCUUCGGUGUCAUGGCGGCUGGCAGAUGGAGUUAUUCAGUGCAGCUUCAGCAGACCAGUCAAACUGGUCAAUCAGGAACCGGCCCGCUAUGAUCUGGACCAUGACUACUUUCUGUUUCUUGCCAACGGACAUGCUCAGUAUGGUGAAGUAUGGAAACAUAGCCACCAGCCACUGAUCUCAAGCCACAGGAAACACAUCACUGGCCCCCCUGAGGUCCUGCGAGGCUCACGGGGACCCAUCAUUCUGAAACUGCAUGGUGCACUGAUGCUGUUAGCCUGGAUGCUAACAGGAAGUGUUGGUACCUUCAUCGCCAGCUUCUACAAACCUGAUUGGCCAAAUCAAACUCUGCUCGGCCAGAAAGUCUGGUUCCAGGUACAUCGAGGCCUGAUGAUGCUAACUGUGACUCUGACCACUGUAGCCUUUUGCCUCCCAUUUUUUUACAGGAACGGUUGGAGCAAGCAUGCAGGUGUCCAUCCAUACCUGGGCUGCUGUGUUCUAACAUUAUCUUUGAUUCAACCAAUAAUGGCUGCUAUCAGACCAUCAGCUGACUCACACAGGAGAUAUAUCUUUAACUGGGGCCACUGGGGGAUUGGGUCUGUGACUGAGAUCUUGGCAGUGGCAGCCAUGUUCUUGGGGAUGCGUCAAUCAUCGUUGCCCCUCCCCCAGCCAUGGGCAACAAAUGUUCUGAUUGGCUACGUGACAUGGCUGGCCUUAUUUAGGUUCCUCCUCCUGAUGCACAAGCACCAAACCAACCUUUACACCAAAAGAUCAUCGGGGUCAGAUGACCGAACAGCCAUCCUCUCUGACCAAUCAGAGCAUGUUCACUUGGGGCUCCUCAUAAAGGCUCUCAUUUUGGCUGCCUUGGCUCUGGGAAGCUCUGGACUCCUAAUGGCCCUGCUGUCUGCUAUUGCUGAUAUUUGACAUUUAAUGGCAAAUAAAACUCAAUUUUAAGACCAUGAUCAUUUAUAAAGUGUGAAUUUUUAUGAUUACAGAAGGUAUGAGGAACUACACUUAAAUAUUCCACCUAACACUCAUAUUCAUGUAAAAACAAAUCUAUGUUUCUUGUUUCUUUAUCACAUUGUUGGUUCUAUUUGUGUAGCUAGAUGUUUAUUUUAUUCUUAUACAUUUCUGAUUAAAUGUUCAUAUUCUAAUUCUAUUUUAAGUGGCAUUAGUAAUGUUUAAUAGUAGCACGUCUAGGCCCUUAUUGAAUAAUAAAUUAAAGAAAACUCUUCAAUCAGCACAAUAGCCAGC